UCACACAAAGCGCGUGCACGAGGGGCGGUGCGUGCCCGCGCUUGAUCUCUAAGCGAGAGAGUUAAUAGUUAAGCGCCGACUAGUCGAUUGUAUUUCACCUUAUUUAACAUCAUUUCAGUGGUUUAAGCGUUAAGUACCGGCCUCACGGCGUGCUCAGGGCGGUGAAGAGUUACAGAAUUGUUUCUUGUGUUGCAAAGGGGAAAGCCAAACAGAGGAACAUGAAUCCCUCGUGUAGCAGAUGUAACAAGGUUGUCUAUCCCACGGAAAAAGUAAACUGCCUAGACAAGUAUUGGCACAAAGGAUGUUUCAGCUGUGAGGUCUGUAAAAUGACUCUAAACAUGAAGAACUACAAAGGCUUCGACAAGAAACCCUACUGCAGCCAGCACUACCCCAAGACGGGCUUUACCAGUGUGGCUGAUACCCCAGAGAACAUCCGACUCAAGCAGCAGAGCAAGAUGCAAAGCCAGGUGCUCUAUAAAGAGGAAUUUGAGAAGAACAAAGGGAAAGGCUUCAGUGUGGUGACUGACACACCAGAGCUGCAGAGACUCAAGAAAACACAGGACCAGAUCAGCAACAUCAAGUAUCAUGAGGAUUUUGAAAAGACCCGAAUGGGAGGUGAAGCUCUGCCCCAUGAGAGCAAUGCUAAUAGAGCUUACCAGCCUACCAGCCCCACCAGCCCCACCAGCCCCACCAGCCCCACCAGCCCUCAGAACUACAACUACGAGCCCCAGCCUGCUCGCUCUGCUGCAGCUCAACCACCUCCUAGUGGCGGGAAGCGCUACAGAGCAGUCUACGACUACGUAGCUGCUGACGAGGACGAGGUUUCGUUUGCAGAUGGAGACAUGAUCCUGGAUGUGCAGCAGAUAGAUGAGGGAUGGAUGUUCGGGCGCGUGGAGCGCACGGGCCAGCAGGGCAUGCUCCCUGCCAAUUACGUGGAGGCUAUAUGAGCGAGCAAGGCUUAGAGGAGGUGAAGGAUGCAGGAGGGAGGGAUGUACAAUGGAACGACCCUGGUGCCAUUUAUGUUUUUUUUUUUUCUCCUUCCCUGUUAAUUUCACUAUUGGUUUAACAUGGUCUUAAUUAAAUGCGAGAGAAACUUGAUCAGG